CAUAGACACAAUGCUGAGCUUCUGUAUGCAAAGUCAACGUUCCAUCUCUUCACCUCUGAAUCGUUCCUCCUCUUUCUCUCCCCUCUCCCUUCUUACAGAGUUCUUCCUGGAGCUCCUCGACAACAGUGAGAAAUCCCUGAAUAACAUGUUCACGCGGACCUACGGGAAGCUGUACAUGCAGAACAGUGAGCUGUUCCAGGACCUGUUCACGGAGCUGAAGCGUUACUACACUGGGGGGAACGUCAACCUGGAGGAGAUGCUGAAUGACUUCUGGUCCCGUCUGCUAGAGAGGAUGUUUCAGCUGCUGAACUCUCAGUACCACUUCACCGACGACUACUUGGAGUGCGUCAGUAAAUACACUGACCAGCUGAAGCCUUUCGGUGACGUACCCCGGAAACUAAAGGCCCAGGUUACGAGGGCCUUCAUCGCUGCAAGGACCUUCGUCCAGGGCCUCAUGGUGGGCAGGGAGGUGGCUAACAGGGUGGCUAAGGUGAAUGUGGCCCCCGCCUGCAUCAGGGCCCUGACUAAGAUGCUGUACUGUCCGUACUGCAGGGGUCUGCCUGGGCUGAAGCCCUGUCAUAACUACUGCCAUAAUGUGAUGAGAGGCUGUCUGGCUAACCAGGCUGACCUAGAUCCCGAGUGGAACCUCUUCAUAGAUGCCAUGUUGCUGGUAGCUGACCGGCUGGAGGGACCCUUCAACAUCGAAGCCAUCAUGGAACCCAUAGAUGUGAAGAUCUCUGAAGCCAUCAUGACCAUGCAAGACAACAGCAUGACAGUUUCAGCUAAGGUGUUCCAGGGGUGUGGUCAGCCCAAGCCGUCUGGGAUGGGCAGCAGCAGAUCAGCCAGGGGGAUCUCUGAUGUCUUCAACGCCCGAUUCAGACCCUACAGCCCAGAGGAGAGACCCACCACUGCCGCUGGCACCAGCCUGGACAGACUGAGGACAGUGUGGAGGACAAUGCAACACAGCGUGCUAGACAUUAAGAAGAAGCUGAAGCAGUCCAAAAAGUUCUGGUCCAACCUGCCAGAUGAGAUCUGUAUUAAAGACAAGUUGACCGAGUCAGAUGAAGAGCAGUGUUGGAACAGUCACGCCAAGGCCAGGUAUUUUCCUGAGGUGGUAAAGGACGGCCUCACCAACCAGCUGAACAACCCAGAGGUGGCGGUGGACAUCACUAGACCGGACACUCUGAUUCGCCAACAGAUCAUGACACUCAGAGUGAUGACCAACAAGCUGAGAAACGCCUACAACGGCAACGACAUCUUCUUUCAGGACUCCAGUGACGAGGGCAGUGGCAGCAGCAGUGGCUGUACAGAGGGAUGUACCACAGAGUUUGUGUUUGUGGGUCCAGAGGCCCCCGUGGUGGGAGCAGACAGGAGUGAUGAGCGAGCUUCGGCUGCAGCAGGCAGCGCCCCACAUCCCUCCAGACCCUCUCUACCCCUGCUACUGACCCUCUCUCUCACAGCCCUGUCCUGGUCCAGGAGACAAUACCAGCUGGCCCGAGAGGACACCAGGACAUUACUGCUACUCUGACUCUGGCACCAAUCAGACAGCCAGCCAGCAGGUCGUCAUACUAACUGUUAGUGUUCUCUAAACGGAACCAGAACAGGACAACCCUUUUGGAUCCCCACCAUGAAGAGAUAUGGUGACAGUAGUAUACUGUAGUAGACUGAGGAGUGUUGUGAGUGCUGCAUCCUGCUUUGUCCCCAAAGAUCUCUCUGUUCUAAGAUGUUCUGUUCUAAUCUGCUCUGUUCUGCUCUGUUCUAUUCUGCUCUGUUCUAUUCUGCUCUGUUCUAUUCUAAUCUGUU